CAAGCCUUUUCUGUGUCUUGUCUUUGUAGUACAGGAAAACGCCUAGAAACUUUUAAGGCCCUCUCGAAUAUCAAACUAUCCAUUGCAGGAUGGCCCUACGACCCUAAAUAUGUUUAACUGCAAUUAAAAUAAACUUUUAACUUUUUGAAACAAUGCUAAUUAAUUUCUAAGAUUUUUAUUAACCCGUAAGGAAAGUUAAGUAACUGUUAGCCAGCAGAAUCCAAAAUGUUUUCAAAUAUUAACCGUUAUUAGCUGUAAAAGCCACCACCCCGUUGAGACCCUCUUACACACCCCAAUAAAAUACCUUCCCUGUAAACAUACGUGUGACAUUAAGACAUUGCCAUUUCCCGCCAUUUCCCACGUCCUUGUUGCAUUGACCGCUGGGCCGACGGAGACAAGCUGAACCUGCCCUGUCUGGUUACAAGUGUAACUAUUCACAACAGAGGCCACGGCCGGCCGUAUAAACACGUAUGAAAAGCAGCGUCUAGUUUCCUGUUAUCAUAAGCAUACCAGCAAGUGCAGAGAGAGAGGCGAUAGGCAAAGUGCUACGACCAAGGCCACGAAGCAGGGGGAAAAAAAUCGCUCCCCAGAUCCCACGCGCGGUGAUAAUGCGCCCACUACCGCAUUGAGCAUUGCGACUGGGAACCAGUUCACCAAAGAUGGCUGCCAUGUGUUGCACCACAUACAGUAAUGCAUUAUUUGCGUAUUUCUGCCGGUAGAAGAGGUCUUUUUCAUCGACUCCUUGUUAUCAUAACAAAAAUGCAAGCAUCUGGAGAAAGCGCCUCCAACGCAAGCCCAUCUAGGAUGAGAGAUGACUCCAAUUUGUGUAUGAAUCCCGGCGAAACCACCGGUGUAAACCGAAACAGAUUUCUCGAGCGAUUCAAGGAGGACAAUCGAUCGAGCUUAUAUUCCUACAUUGGAACAGUAGGGAUUUCUCUGCUGGUAUUUCUACGAUGGUUUCUUGGUCUUGUUUUUCUUGGUCCAGCGCAACAUGUGUGGAGAACGUUUGAUCGCAAUUUGUUAUCAAGAAAUGUAUCAAAGACCACUCGUGUUUUUGUAGUUGACAGUGUUUCGUCGUGUGACAAACUUCUGCGGUCCUACCGAUCAAGUUAUCCUUUUAAAUGGAAUUUCCUUGGAAUGGACUGCGAGUGGGUGAACAAGAAAGGUCACAUAAACACUCCUGUUGCUUUGUUACAAAUAGCAACACCCCUGAGCGAUUGCUUUCUUGUUCGAUUGUGUAAAAUGAACGGUCACCUACCACAGACUGUCAGAGAAAUCUUGGAGGAUAAGAGCAUUCUUAAAUUUGGUGUCGGCAUUAAGGAGGAUGCAAAGAGACUGAUUGGAAUGUUUGGAGUUCAGGUGAUGGGUUGUGUGGAUCUGAGGCAUGUGGUAGAGCGGUGCCAAGUUGAUGAGACUGUUCAGGCAAGGAAGCAGAAGAUGAGUUUAGAUGCAUUAGCGAAGAGGAUUCUUGGUGUCACAAUGGACAAGUCUUGGAGAAUUCGCUGUAGCAAUUGGGAAGCAGAGCAGUUUGACAGAAGGCAGAUUGAAUAUGCCAUGAAUGAUGCCGUAGUUGCAAGUCACAUAUUUCUUAGCCUGGCAAAAGCAAAGGUAGAGAAGAGAAAAGUGCUUAGAACUGCUUGUAUCUCUGAGGAUUCCACAAGUGAGGAAAAAAAUGUCAGUGGACAUUUAGGAGCUGGUUUGAUUCAGGAUCAGAUCAGCACUAAACUGCCUGCCAACAAUUCUUCAGGAAAUAACAUUACAGGUACGUAUCACCCAACUUCAUUUGAAGAAGAACCUGACAUCGAACAUUCCAGAAGAACAAUUGAUGACCUUGAAUUUGAAGUUACAGAAGAUCAGGAAAAGUUCAUAGAAAACAGAAGUCAUGGGGACAAGAACAACAUUAACUUUGUUAAUAAAAGAGCAAGCUCUUCGGCUGUGCAAGACAGUGGUUCUCAAACCUGUGGCAAAAUCUUACAAAGUGCUGAAAAUUCUAAUGGUCACGAGUUUGAUGUGGAAUGUGAAGUUUAUAAUAUCAUAGCAGAUCUAAGUAAGUGGGAGUCAGGACAUGACGGGAAAGAAGGCUAUCUUGUUAGAGAAGAGGUUGUUGAUCUUCUACAAGACUCAUUCUUUUGUCAAAGAGCAAGCUCUCUUUGCCAGGGAGUCAUUGAUCUUGCAUUCAAGGAUAAGAAAGGACCAGUCAUGGUCAUAGAAAAAGACAACAAGAAAGAGGAUCCUGGAGAGAUUUUGGAUAGAAAACCUUACAAGAGAGGCACUAUAAGAAAGUCGCCUCUUUACAUGAACUGCAUGCUGGCCGCCCCUGAUGGAUCAAGGUUGUGCACACUGGAUCGUAAGAAGGCAGACUGGUAUAUUGAAAAAGGAAUUGGGAAACUGACAGGCCUUGAACCCUAUACAGUCCAACUGAAGUUUGAACCCUCGGGACGGCCAGGAACAGAAGAUUCCUACUACCUGAAUUUCAAAGAUAACAUUUGUGUGGUUUGUGGAAGCGAUCAGAGCUACAUGAGGAAGAACAUUGUCCCUCACGACUACAGGCGAUAUUUUCCUCUGGUCAUGAAAGAUCAUCACUCCCACGAUAUCCUGCUCAUGUGCCCGAAGUGUCAUCGACAGUCCUCCUAUUAUGAUGACAAGCUACGGAGCGAACUGGCAAACAAGUACAAUGCACCGCUUGGAAAUGCUACUGUGGCUCGCCUUAUUGAAGACCCAGAGCUAAAGAAAGUCAAGUCAGCUGCUAAAGCAUUGAAUUAUGCUGGGGAUAAACUCCCGCACGACAGGCACCAGCAACUCAUGCUGAUCGUUCAGAAGCAUUUUAAUACCUCCGAUUUGACUCCAGAAAUGAUUGCAGAAGCCGCAACGAUGGAGACCCGCAGGGAGAACUCUAAUUUUGUGUCGCAUGGCCAGGAAGUCGUGAAAAAGGUUCGCGAGGAAGGAAAACUACUCGAGUUUGAGAAAACAUGGAGGCAGCAUUUUCUAGACACUAUGUGCCCUCAGUACCUACCACCCUUGUGGUCAGUGGAUCAUCGUCACGAUAGAUUAAAAGAGAAACUUGAGAGUUAAUCAUAUUAAAACCUUUUUUUUUUCACAUCCAACAUUGAAAAGGGCAAUUGAAUAACAUUGCUUGGGAAAGUGUUGCGUGACGUUAGGUGGAAGCAAGACCGUUUUCGAUAUGACGUCUAAAAUGUCCAGAUAUUCUUGACUUCUUUUUUGCUGUUGUUUAGUUUCAAACAUUUUUAAAAUUAAAAGGGGCCAAAAUUUCGAUGUCACAUGUUACAUGAAAGAUCGUUAAGCAACAGACUCAAACUUGUUUGUAAUUUAUCGAUUGAAGACUAAAGAAAUCUUCACCGUGAUGGUGCUAAAACUGAUAGUGUUCGCUCACACAUUUUCAAACAUCUCGAAGUUCGUUUAAAUACUCCGCCUCGCUUCAAAUGUCGCCUCUUCUCGAUAGUUCGGUACAUUUUUUACGAUUUUAUUUCUGCCGACGUUUCCCCUGUAAUUUAAGUUUCAAUUAAGAAGAUAUAUAUAAAAAAAGUCGAGCCUGUGUUUCAUCACAUUUACAAACAUCUCGAAGCUCUUUAAAUAUACUCCACUACCUUUUUUUUCCUCUCUCUCCUCUGCAAGUGUUUGGGAAUGUGAUGAAACUCUGGCGCUCGUGUUUGAUAUGAUAUACCAAACACGAAAGACUCUGUUUCAUCGGGAUAUCCAAACAUCGAGAAGAGAGUUAAAAAUAAG